AGUUUAUUUGUUGUUCAACUUCAGUGGUUUUGUUAAUUAUAAGGAUAAAAUUUGUAAAUUACACACGGAUCGGAAAAGAUGGCUGAAACUUCAACUGAAGACGUGUUUUUAGCAGAAAAAGUCGUAGAUUCAGGUUUUGGACAGCAAGAUGGUAAAAGAUAUUAUAAAGUUAAAUGGGUUCGCUACACUUGGGAAGCUGAAGAUGCACUUACUCAUCUUAAGGAUAUGCUAGAUAGAUUUUGGGAAGAACAUAAUGAAAACCAAAACAAAUUGAAAUCCACUACUGAAACAACUAUUCAUGGAAAUAGUUCUCCUGAAAAGAAUGACCAAACUAUUUUACAAACUCAAAAAAAUGAAUCCACUGAAGUUGAUGAGCACUCUACAAUCAAUGAGUCUGGACUUGCUGUCAGUGUACUUUUAAAAAGUGAAGCUAAUGAAGCGGUAAUUUUUUCUGAAAGUGAAACGUCGGGUAUUCAACACGAAGCAUCUUCUGCAGAAGAUUCCUUUAGUGAAAAGUCUACAACUAUUGAUAAACAUUCUUGUGGUAUAUGUCUAAGGAGUUACAGUUCUCAGCAGUCAUUGCGACAUCAUAAACGUACACAUCAUCAAAAUGAAAAGUCUUUCCAAUGUAACACAUGCUUAAAAUAUUUUGUUGAACGCUCAACGCUAAAACGCCAUAUGAUAAUUCAUAUGGAUGAAAAACCUUACAAAUGUGAUCACUGUGAUCGUGCAUUUAGCGAUAAAUCAACUUUGCGCAGACAUAUAAUUACACACACAGGUAUAAAGAGAUUUGUUUGCACUAACUGCAAUAAAAUGUUUACGCGAAAUGAGCAUUUGCGUCAACACAUGUACAUACAUACUGCGGAAAAACUGUAUAAAUGUGACGUGUGCUCUAAAGAUUUCCGACAGCGUUCAACAUUAAAAAACCAUAUGUUAUUACACAGAUCAGAUAAAACUUUAAAAUGGAAGUGUGACACUUGUAACACAUUGUUUGAGUUUCAACACGAAUAUGAAGUUCAUAUUGCUAUAUGUGACACCAUUGGUGGAGGCCAAGGUAAUAAGUGUCAAUUUUGCGAAAAACGUUUUUUUGAUAAUGAUGUUUUAUUACAACACAUUUUGUCUCAUACAGAAAAAUCUUACAAAUGCGAGUUUUGUAACAAAUCGUUUUUAGAUAAGGCUGAAUUAACUAACCAUGAGUUUCUACAUUCUGAAAAAAAACCCUAUAAAUGUGUUAUUUGUGACGAAGAUUUUAUGAGGAAAGGCUCUCUGCUUUCUCAUAUAGCUUCACAACACCCAGAACAAGCAGUAUAUGAAUUAGUGGAUCCAUCUGUUGAUUAUCGUAUAACUGACGGUGUAAUAUCUUUAGAUAGUCAACCAAUCGCUGAACCGGUUCAUUUUGUUCUUCCUAAUAACACAAGAAUGAAUAAUGUUACUUUACCGCAAAUAAAAACGGAAGACAAAAUUAAAAACAAUUCUUUAGAGAACAUUUCUUCUGACAUUAUAAAUACAAGAAAUAAUGCUAGUACAAUAAAUAUUAGAAAUAAUUGCAUGGUAGAUCAUACACCACCUCAUCCUACCUGUUCCAACAAUGAAACCGAAAUGCAGCAGGAAGAUGAUCAGUUAAACCUGCAUCCUGAAGACAAUCAAAUGUUACAAGUAGAUAUUGUGCAAAUGGAUAGCGGAAAUCAGUUUGUGCAAUCUAUACAUAUUAUCCAACCUAAUCAGCAUCUGAAUAAUCAAACAAACGAAUGUCAGUCUUUUAAAAGUUUGAAAAAUUGUAUUGUUAAGCAAGACCUUUCUAAUUUGGUUGUUGAUGAUAACCUAAUAUUAGGAGGUAACGAUUUUAGCGGAGAAUUAAGUGUUGAUAAAGCAUAAUGGAAGAUAUUUGUUUAAAGAUGUAAUCAACAAAAGAACAUCACAUAAAGAAGUUGUGUAUUAAUGUAUUAAAACACAUGCUUGUAAAAAGAGAGGUUUAAAUGAAAGUGAACUAAUUAAUGCAUUUUUAUAUUUGAAGUUUAUUAAAAUUAAAUGAGAGGAAACUUAAAUUUGUUACUCUAGAAAUAUUUUCGUAUGUAACAAUUAGAUUUUUUUUUUGUUGUAUAUUUUCACAAAUUUCUUAUUUAGUUUGAUUGUAGGGAUAAUUUUUAUAAAAUCAUAUAUAGUUAAAUAUGUUUGAACAUUAACCACCGCGUCGCUUUUUAAUUCUCUAAAAAAUCUUUGUAAAUCUUGUACAAACUAUCAAAUGUUUUCACUAUUUUAAAAUGGUAAUUUUACCUGCAUUAAAUUUUAUUUUUUUGUUUGUUUGAAACUGAAUGUAUUACCACAAAAAAACAAGCAUGCACUGUUUUUUAGUAUUAAAAUGUUUUCUGUAUUAAUUAUUUUACCUAUAAAUAUUUGAAGUUGAUUUACUUCAAAGUAGAUUGUGUAGUGACUUUCUUAUAAUAAAUUGUUAAAAGUCGUACUUCUUU